AGGAGAUUAGAUUAGAUACCCGUUUCGUUUUGCCCGGUUAAUUUCCCAAUCGGAUUGACGACCUGAAACAUCCUAAAUGUCCAAACUUCUCCAACUGCGUCCAGAAAUCCUCCUCUUUUUCCUCAUCUCCAUACCCUUCAAUGUAAUUUCAGAAAGCAUAGAAACAGAGCGAACAGUUCUUCUCAACCUUAAGCAGCAGUUGGGCAACCUGCCGGCCAUCCAGUCAUGGAACGACUCAUCCUCACCAUGUUCUUGGCCAGGGAUCAACUGCACUGAUGGUUCAGUCACCAGCGUUUCGCUCCACGAUAUAAACAUCACCGUCAAAAUCCCAUCAUCAAUCUGCAAACUUAAGAACCUCACGUUCCUUGAUUUGGCCUUCAAUUUCAUCCCCGGUGAGUUCCCAACUUUGCUCUACAAUUGCUCGAAGCUGCAGCACUUAGACCUCUCCCACAACUACUUUAUCGGCUCAAUUCCCGGUAACAUUUACCAGUUAUCUACUCUGGUUUACUUAGACCUCAGUGGCAACAACUUCUCAGGAAAUAUUCCUCCGACCAUCGGAGGAUUACGGAAAUUAAAAGAACUUCAUCUUCAACAUAAUGAGUUCAACGGCACUUUUCCGGCCGAAAUUGGAAACCUAUCCAAUCUUGAGCUUCUAUGGAUGGCCCAUAAUGGUUUUGUGCCGAUGAAGAUACCUGAUAGGUUUACUCAAUUGAAGAAAUUGAAGUACUUAGGGAUGACGGAGACGAGUUUAAUUGGCGAAAUUCCGAACGACUUCGCCGAUCUCUCGAGCCUAGAAUGGUUCGAUCUAUCGAAGAACAAUUUGGAAGGUCCGAUCCCUAGCAGGUUUCUCAUGUUGAAGAAUCUGACUAACUUGUAUCUCCGCAACAAUGAACUCUCCGGCCAGAUACCCAGAACCGUCGAAGCUUGGAACUUGGUUGAAAUUGAUCUUUCCAUGAACGAUUUGACAGGCACGAUUCCGGAGGAAUUUGGGAUGAUGAAAAAGCUGGUUUUCUUUAAUCUGUGUGUGAAUCAGUUAACAGGGGAGAUACCGGCCGGCAUGGAUCAACUUCCGGUUUUGAAGACAUUUCUUGUUUUCUCAAACAAAUUGAGUGGAGUCUUGCCACCGGAAUUAGGCCUCCACUCAAAGCUCGAAUAUUUUGAGGUCUGGGACAAUCAAUUCACCGGUCAACUACCGAAAAAUUUAUGCGCCGGCGGUGUUCUACUGAGAGUGGUUGCGUCUUCAAACAAUCUAAGCAGAGAAAUACCGGCUUUGCUAGGAAAUUGCAGCACUCUCCGGACUGUUCAGCUGCAAAACAACCAGUUUUCAGGCGAGAUUCCUCCAGGUCUCUGGACGACUUUCAAUUUAACAGUCUUGAUACUGAGUAACAACUCAUUUUCGGGGCAAUUACCGAGCCAACUCGCAAGGAAUCUGUCCAUGGUGAAAAUCAGCAAUAACAAAUUGGUCGGUGAAAUCCUCAUCGGAAUUGGUUCUUGGUCAAGUUUGACAGUCUUCGAGGCCAGUAACAAUCUCUUUUCUGGCAAAAUCCCUGAGGAAAUAACGUAUCUUUCUCGCCUAAUUACUCUCCACCUAGAUGGAAAUCAACUCUCCGGUGAAUUACCAUCGGAUAUAGCCUCCUGGAAAUCGUUGCAUACCUUGGAUCUAUCCGGCAACAAACUUUCUGGUCCAAUCCCGGUAGCAAUUGGGUCUUUACCCGACCUCCUCAAGCUGGAUUUAUCAGAAAACCAAUUUUCUGGGAAAAUCCCUGCAAACCUUGGCAAUCUGAAGCUCACGUCACUCAACUUAUCAUCCAACAAACUCUCCGGUAAAAUCCCAGAUGAGUUUGACAACCUUGCUUACGAAAACAGUUUCUUGAACAAUUCCAAUCUCUGUGCAGAUACUCCAAUCCUAAAUCUCCCAGACUGCAGCUCCAAACCCAGAAAACUGAUCUCUAAAUAUCUUCCUUUGAUUCUGUCUCUUGCGGUUUUAAUCGUCAUAGUUACCGUUUUAUUGAUCCUGUUCGUGAUGAUAGACUACCGAAGUAAAAAACGAGGAGGUGAUCUUGCAACAUGGAAGCUAACCUCGUUCCAUAGAUUAGAUUUCACAGAAGAGAAUAUCGUGUACAGGUUAACGAAGAGUAAUUUAAUAGGAAGUGGUGGGUCUGGAAAAGUGUACAAGAUUGCUAUUAAUGAGUCAGGUGGUUUUGUAGCUGUGAAGAGAAUUUGGAAUAACAAGAAACUGGAUGGUAAGUUGGAGAAAGAGUUCAUAGCAGAAGUUGAAAUUUUGGGCAGUAUUCGCCAUGCCAACAUAGUGAAGCUGUUGUGUUGCAUUUCCAGUGAGAAUUCGAAGCUUCUGGUAUACGAGUUCAUGGAGAACCAGAGCCUGGAUAGGUGGCUACAUGGGAAGAAGAAAAAAUCCACUACGAUCGGGACGAAUUCAAUUUACCACAUCGUACUGGACUGGCCAACAAGAAUGCGAAUUGCAAUUGGAGCGGCUCAGGGGCUUUGCUACAUGCACCAUGACUGCUGUCCACCCAUUAUUCAUCGUGAUGUUAAAUCUAGCAACAUCUUGUUAGACUCGGAAUUCAAGGCAAGAAUUGCUGAUUUUGGACUUGCAAAGAUGCUAACUAGGCAGGGAGAACCUCACACCAUGUCCGCAGUUGCUGGAACUUUUGGUUAUUUUGCCCCAGAAUACGCAUAUACUACAAAGGUGAAUGAAAAAUUUGAUGUCUAUAGCUUUGGAGUGGUGCUUCUGGAAUUGGUAACUGGAAGAGAAGCCAACUGUGGAGAUGAGCACACUAACCUUGCACAAUGGGCAUGGCGACAUUACACUGAGGGAAGGCCUGAGGUUGAAAUGUUUGAUCCGGAGAUCGACGGCCCUUGUCACUUGGAGGAAAUGACCGUUGUGUACAAGCUGGGGCUUAUAUGUACAAGCACUUUACCAUCUUCCAGACCUUCCAUGAAGGAAGUUUUGCUUUUUCUUCAACGUCACUCCAAAAAAAGUGAUGUUUAGAGACAAGUAUAGGGGACGACUUAGAUAUGCUCGUGCUUGGUGUUGAGAAUUUUAAUAAUAUUGGACACAAAUCACUUGUUAGUCCCGGAUAUAUCCCAAAAUUUAACUUUUUGAGAUUCGUUUGAUGUGGUUAGAGUUUUUUUAUAAAAGUUUAUGAUAAAA